AAUUGCGUUGACGUAGUGACGCAAUCAGCGCGUGGUUCUGCGUAUGCGCAAUACCGGAAGCAAAUCACAGCUCUCCAGACACAGUUAAAUCUCCUCAAAACAUUUGGAGAAAAGGGUUUGGUAGAAGAAACAGGUUAGUGUUGAAUGGAAGUGGAGAGGGCCCGAGAAAUGGGUCCAGAGAGAAUCUCGCCGAACUCCGAGGAGGAUGUUGCGCAGGAGCGGCCUGUAGACACCGCAGUGCCGGAGGAGUGGAGCGGAGAGGAUAUGGAGGAGGAUGAAGGCAAUGGAGGUUAUUAUUAUCAACCUCUGAAUCAAGACCCAGAAGGGAUGAACAGCUCACACACAGAGCCAGCUGAUGAGGGAACGACUGGCGAGCAGCUGCAGGACGUCCAGGAAAGAAUAGAGGCCAUGGGUCUGUUCUUGCCCCAGCCUCCUCCACACAGUGAUGAAGAGGAAGACCCUGAAGGAGCUGCUGCCUGUAGUAGCCACACAUCCAUUCCCAUGGAUGCAGAUCACGUUGAGCUGGUGAAAAGGACCAUGGCGGCAGUAAAUUUGCCGACAUUAGGGAUUCCUCCCUGGGCCCAAGAAAUCUCCGAUGACCAAUGGAAAGACAUGGUCCAGCAGACACUUCAAUCUAGACAAAGCUCUGCAGGCCUGAGACUGGACCGCAAGUGAAACAGUCUCAUCUCAUACAGCAUAAACAUGAGCUUCUCUCAUAUGGUAACUCGAUAUGUUGAAAAGAUGACAAAUCUAAAGGUACAGUACCACCCAAGUAGUGGAAAUGUGCCAUAAGUUAAAUUAAUAUUCCAGGUUCAGUUCAAGUUUAGCUCAAUCAACAGCAUUUGUGGCAUAAUGUUGAUUAUCACAAACAAUAAUUUCAACUUGUCCAUUGUUUAAAAAAAGGAAAAAUCAUGGUUACAGUGAGGCACUUAACAGAAAAAAAGUAAUGGGGCCAGUCCAUAAACAUUAAAAUACACACCAUUUCAAAAGUAUAACAACAUGAUUUUAGUGUUAUAAAAUGUCUUGGUAACCUCUUCUGUGUACAGUUAUAUCCAAUAUUACAACUGCUUUUUCAUGACGUAUUGCCAGAAAGCCCUUCAAGUGAUUUGAUCACAAAUAUCAUGUAGAAAAGAGAUUUUAUCAGUGUGUGUAUUUUAACAUUCAUGGAUUCACUUCCAUUGUAAAGGCCUUAUAGUAACUGCAAUUUUUGCUUUUAGUCGAAGUUAUUUUCUGAGGUAAUCAACAUUAUGCCACAAAUGUUAACUCUUAUUACUUUUGAAUGUUGUUGCAUAUUAAGCUUAACUUGUAAUGAACCUGAAAUGUUAUUCAGUGUUCUUUUUAUUACUUUUCUGUAAAAAGGAUCAUUUUUGUAUGACAGUGUAGCCAAAUAAUGCAUCUCUGUUGUGUCUGAAUCACAGUUCUAAUGACCUUGUGCAAUGCAUCCCACGCUGCUUAAGCAACACAAAUGACUGCACAUCUUUUGUGUUUCUUUAUUUUUGUUCUGUACAUACAUGAACAUCUGUACAAAAUAUGAUUUUCAUACUAUGUAAUGCUCAACCUAAUUAAAGUACAACAUAUGUACAUAUGA